CACUAGGAGAUCACACGUUUGAAUCCCGACUAUGAUGCAACCAUCUGUGACCAGGAGCUAGGGGAGCAAAAUUGGCCAGGCUUUCUGGGUGGGUGUGUGGUGGGAUGGUAUAUGGUCUCUCCUGUCAAUAACGGUGACACUGGCUAACCGUGGGCAUCUCUGAGCUCAUAUGUGAGCCAAAGAGCAAAUAGCACUUUCCUCCGAGUGUGUUGUGCUGCUGGCGGUUGGCUGGCUUCAUGUGUCUUGGUGUCUUGGAGGAAGCACAUGUACUCUUUACGCUCCUCAGUUGGUCGCUAUGCUAUGAUUGGAGAGUGCUGACUGGUGGGUGGGAAUUGGCUGGUGAAAUCUCCAAUUUGGGGAAAAAAUGGGGGAAAAAAUUCCAAAACAACUCAGCCAUAUUUUGCAUUACAGCCCCUUAAGGUUCUACACAUCACUUCUCAGCCCAGAUACUAUUAAUAUAGUUUUCCAAUUGCUAUAACUGAUUAUAUACUAGGACGUAUAGCAUGCGUAGAAUCUAUACUGUGUUUUUGCCCUGAUGAGACCUUUAUGGAGGAUUCAGCGCAUUCAUCCCACACACGGUUGUUAUGAGCUUUACUGUUCUCUCCUCUGUGUAUCAACAAGAGACAAUUCUGUCUUCAUCACCUUUUUAACCUCUCCACAAUCCAAGCGCUCGCUCACGCAUAUUGCUGCCAGACAAGCGCUUUUUGCUGACCUUGCAGAAUCAUGCGACGCUGUCACAGCUCACGACUAUUACUCACGAGAAUCGUGUUUAUUUUAGACUGGAUUCUUGCCCCACCUUUUCUAAAUGCACACGCUGGCGGGCUAAUUUCAUCCAGCAUCCAGCAAUCAGAUUACAUGUUAGAGGUGGCAUAAUUACAGCUUUGGUUGAUUAAUAUGGCUGAUGUAGUAACAGCGAGCAUGAGUUCUGCUUGCAGCGGGAUCACAUAGGCUCCAAUCUAAAUGUAGAGUAUACGGCUGCGUGUGUAUUCACUUUACUCAGUACUACUUGUUUUGAGGUUGGAAAUUCUUUUGUUAAUUUUGUUUGACAUUUUAUGGAGGUGUUGCUCAUACAGUGCCACUGCAAAUGAGUAUUUGGUGUCUUCAGUUCCUCUGUGUAAAAAAAAAAAGAAAAGAAAGAAAAAAAGGAAUUACUCAAUUAACAACACAGCUGAAACCACACUGACAUUUGGAUUUUAUUUUCAGAUGGGAGUGUUCUAACCACACAAAUUGUACUUAAAGAAUGGAAUAGUUAAUUCACAUCUGCCGUUAUGCAGUUGCUCAGAAUUGUUUCAAGCUGUCUUUUAGAGUGAUGUUUGUUGGUAAAUGAGACUCAUGUUCGACGUACGUGAAUUAAAGGGGGUCACAUGACACGUUGCGGUGAUGUCACAUUAUGUGCCUUGGCCCAAAUCUGCAGAAAAUCUGCCAUAAUUUAAAAAAGUUGCAAGCUCUUGGGAAUAUUACGGAGUUUCCUUGAUUUUGCCAAAAAAAUGCAAAAUCGUGGCGGGACUCACGUGCUCACAAAUGCCUAAAAUCGGGUAGUGUCAUUCUGAGGAAUAUUGGAAAGAGAAAUAAUGUCAUCCUUCCCAUCCAGGGGAAGCAGGAACAAUUAUGCUCUCUUGAACUUCCAGCCUAAUUCCAGAUGGCCUUAUAACCCUUCCCAUGAUUGAUGACCUACAACAGCUGCUUCUCUGAGGUCAUUGCUGAUGUCCUUUCUUCUUGAUGUAGAAGACGCAUCCGGGCGCUCCGGAACACCAAACUGCCAAAAGUUCUUUAUAGAAGUAGUCACAUUUCUUGAUGACUAGCUAAUCUGUUGCACUUAAUUAGUAACACCUGGUUGCUAAUUACUGUCUUAAUGAUUGUAGAAGUAGGAAGGGUACACUUGUUUUUUCCCCACCUAGUUUCAGAAUGAUGGUUUACUUCUUGGGGAGGAAAAAAUGACAUUGAAAUUAGAGAUGCACCGAUGUAUCGGCCGAUAGUUUAAAGACAUCCGAUGAUCGGGGCUGAUUAUGUCCCGUCAAUCAAAAGAGGGCGGGAAAACACAUCGAUUUUGUAAAGCUGUCUUGUAUGGAAUGAUGACAAAACUGCAGUUUAUAAAAGCUGUAAUCUCUGCACUGCAAAGUUUUUACACCGGAAGUAGCAGCAGUGAAACGGGAGUUCCCCCCCUCGUAUCGUUAUCGGCCAAUAUCACUCUGAAUAAUCGGUUAUCGGUAUCGGCUGAGAAAUUUAGUAUCGGCGCAUCUCUAAUUGAAAUCUGUUGUUGUUGAUGUUGUCACCUGAGGCUAUUUGUUUGUUUAUAGAAGUUGAGGACCACCCAAUUGUCAUUUAAACCAUCAUAAAUAAAACCUAAAAUUUUUUCUCUGCAUGGACUUUGUUCCUCUCUGAUUAAAAAGGUGUAGCAUUCUUCUUACAGAAAGCACCACCACAUUCCUUAAAGUGUCAUUUAAAGUGUAUUUGCAGAGCGAUUAAUUUAUUUUCCAGUGUUGUAGUAAAAGUCCCCGAAAGUCUGCAGAGAAGCAGGACAUUUCAGACAAAAGUCCUUCAUCAGCUGUGCUUCUGAGGCGAUAGGAGGUGAAACCAGAUAAUGUUCAAAUGGUUGAUAUUGUAAUACAAAUCAUGACAUUCAUUCAAAAGGGCUCUAAAGUUCAGAGAGCAAGACGAGCUAAUUUUUUUUUAAGCAUCCUCACUUUAUUGCUCCCAUAACAGUGCAAAUGAAGAUCAUUGAUGCGGUGUUUGCUGUUGAAGUGUCUGGUCACAUGAUCAUGUUUUUUUUUAUGUAUGGUGUGUUUGUUUUUUUUUGUUUUUUUUGCAGACAACUAUGUAGCAUUUCUCUGGAAACUUUGUAUACUAUGUUGAACAUUUUACUACAUCUACUUAUAUAUGAACGCACCAGACACUUUAAUAGGAACACAUGUACCAUGUGAUUAUCCAUCCACAUCAGGCUACCAAACAUGUGGCAGGAGUGUAAUGCAAAAGAAAUCAUGCAGAUACCGGUUAAGAGUACUAAAGAGUCUUUAGAGUCUAAACAGAAUGGUGCGAAAAACAAAAAACAUCAAGUGAGUAGCAGGUCUGUGGGUGGAAAUGCCUUGUGGAUGAGAGAGGUCAGAGGAGAAUGCAGAGACUGGCUUGAGCUGACAGGACAGCUAUGGAAACUCAAAUAACCGCCCUUUACAAAUGUACAACAUGCCGAAACCUGAGGCGUUAUGGGCUGCAAGAGCAGAAGACCACAUAGGGUUUUAGUCUCUCAUCAGCAAGAGGGGGGGAAAAAAAAAGAGAGAAUCGAUCUCGUCAAAGACGUUUCCACCCACGGAACUGCCACUCACUGGAUAUUUUGUUUUCUCACACCAUUCGGUGUAAACUGUAGAGUUUAGUGUGUGAAAAUCCCUGGAGAUCAGCAGUUUGUGAAAUACUCAAACCAGCCCUUCUAGACAUUAUAGUUACCGAGAUGACAUUUUCCCCGUUCAGAUGUUUGAUGUGAACAUUAACUGAAGCUCUUCACCUGUAUCUACAUGAUUUUUGCAUUGCGUUGCUGCCACAUGUUUGACUGAUAAUACCGGAUAAGAAGGGAUACUUGUAUGAAUGAGCAGAAGUCCGGGUGUUUCUAAUAAAGUGGCUGGCGAUUGUAUGAUUUCAGUUCUUAUAGAACGACACAAAGAUACACUAGUUGAGUAAUAGUAUUUUUAAUAGUAAUUUUAACUAUAAUUUCAAAGCGUGGUCUAAUAUAAGUAUUAAACCCUCAGUAUAGUUUGAUGAAUGUAUUUAAUGCACUUUAAAAUGAAGUAAAUAAUGCUAUAUUUGUGUAGCAGUUUUGUUGCAUGUUUAACUGUAAGAUUAAUAUUAAGGAAGUAGAAUUUAAAUGUUAAUAAAGGCUUCAGUAUUGAUUGCUGUCAGUCUUUUAAACUGGUAUUGUCUGACUUCACUCAGAGGGGACGAGCAGUCCCAUCAUUCAGACUUUUCUUUUUUUUUUAAUGCAUCUGACAGUAAGGGAAAAUUUACAAGUAUUUAUGACACUGGAGCACUUUUAUAAAGGUCAUCCUCUGUGUCUGUUUGUUUGUUUUUUUUUUGGCAGGGAAUCUGUUGUCGCCGUGUACUUCAGACCCUCGUCUUCCGGCUCUGAUAGAAAAGGCUGCGUUUUUCCAAGGUCAGCUGAUCCAGCAGGAGUCCAGCACCAGCUGCUAGUGGACACUGAAGUGUGUGGAGCCGGAGUGCGGCAGGCUCGGGCUCAGCAGAAGCUCUUCACUAUGGAUGUGGAUGAGGAGGAGAACAUGAGUUCCUGCAGCACCGACGUCAAGGAAAAUCGCAACCUGGACAACGUCUUCUCCAAGGAGGGGGCGAGCGUGCCCGAGCAGCUCCCCAACGGCAGCGGAGGGGGCGGGCGCAAACGCCCCCUGGAGGAGGGCAAUAACGGUCAUGCGCACCCCAAGUUCAGGCCCAAGAAACGCAAGAAAACGCCAGGGCCGGUUCUUCCCAAGAACGCUCUCAUGCAGCUGAAUGAGAUCAAGCCAGGCCUGCAGUACAAGCUGCUCUCUCAGACUGGGCCAGUCCAUGCUCCAGUCUUUGUCAUGACUGUAGAGGUGAACGGGCAGCUUUUUGAAGGCUCAGGCCCCACUAAGAAAAAGGCAAAGCUGAACGCAGCCGAGAAGGCACUACGCUCGUUCGUGCAGUUUCCCAACGCUUCAGAGGCACAUCUGGCCAUGGGCCGAACGCUCACCGUCAACACGGACUUCACAUCAGACCAGGCCGACUUCCCUGACAUGCUCUUCAAUGGCUUUGAGACUCCUGCACCACCCGAGGACUCCUUUUACCUGGGCUCUAACACCAACGGUUCCAUAAACCCUCUGGGAGAAUACCCAGUUCCCCCAGUGACUGGUAACAACAGCCUGGCUCAGGCCCCACUGCCUCCUCCCACGACCUUCAACACAUCGUCCAGCGGAAAGAACCCCGUCAUGAUCCUGAACGAACUGCGGCCGGGCCUCAAGUAUGAGUUUGUGUCGGAGAGUGGUGAGAGCCAUGCUAAAAACUUUGUCAUGUCCGUGACCGUGGACUCGCAGACGUUCGAGGGAUCAGGGAGGAAUAAGAAACUGGCCAAGGCGCGGGCUGCUCAGGCCGCACUCUCGGCUCUCUUCAACAUGCAGCUGGACCAGACACCAUCUCGCCAGCCAAUCCCCAGAGAGGGCCUACAGCUCCACCUGCCCCAGGUUUUAGCAGAUGCUGUCUCACGUCUCGUGGUGGACAAGUUCAGCGAGCUCACCGACAACUUCACGUCCCCUCAUGCACGGAGGAAAGUGCUAGCUGGGGUUGUCAUGACAACAGGCACCGAUGUGAAGGAGGCCCAGGUGAUCUGCGUCUCCACUGGAACCAAGUGCAUCAACGGCGAGUACAUGAGCGACCGUGGCCUGGCACUUAACGACUGCCACGCUGAAAUCAUCGCCCGCCGCUCCCUUCUCCGCUACCUAUACAUGCAGCUGGAGUACUUCCUCAGUAACAGCAAAGAGGAGCACGAGAAGUCCAUUUUCACCCGCUGCGAGAAACAUGGCUACCGGCUCAAGGACAACGUUCAGUUUCACCUGUACAUCAGCACGUCGCCAUGUGGAGACGCUCGCAUCUUCUCCCCACACGAGGCAGGCGUCGAAGAUCAGGGAGACAGACACCCGAACAGAAAAGCUCGGGGUCAGCUGAGAACUAAGAUCGAGUCGGGCGAGGGGACCAUCCCAGUGCGCUCCAGCAACACCAUCCAGACGUGGGACGGAGUUCUGCAGGGGGAGAGACUCCUCACCAUGUCGUGUAGUGACAAGAUCGCCAGGUGGAACGUGGUGGGGAUCCAGGGCUCGCUGAUGAGCUACUUCACUGAGCCCAUCUACUUCUCGAGCAUCAUCCUGGGCAGCCUGUACCACGCUGAUCAUCUCUCUCGGGCCAUGUACCAGCGCAUUGCAGACAUCGAACACCUACCCCAGCAGUUCACUCUCAACCGGCCCCUGCUCAGCGGAAUCAGUAACGCAGAAGCACGGCAGCCAGGAAAAGCUCCUAACUUCAGUGUGAACUGGGCGGUGGGUGACCAGGGGUUAGAGGUCAUUAACGCCACCACGGGUAAGGACGACAUGGGCCGGCCUUCUCGCCUCUGCAAGCAUGCUCUCUACAGCCGCUGGGUUCGACUGCACUCAAAGCUCUUGUCCACCUUGCGGAUCAAAAUGGCCAAACCGAGCUCGUACCACGAAGCCAAGCAGGCAGCAGUGGAGUAUCACGCCGCUAAGCAGACGCUCAUCAAGGCCUUCCAGAAAGCAGGAUUGGGGGCCUGGGUGAAAAAGCCUAUAGAACAGGACCAGUUUUCUCUGAGCUCCUGAAGAGGACGCAAGAGGGACAGAGCAGAGAUCUGAAUGACAUGACUACAACCAGCUGUUGAUACUGUGCGUGCGUGCGUGCGUGUGUGUGACUGUGUGUGUGUGUGUGUGUGUGUGUGUGUGACUGUUGAUUUCCAGCCAAUCCACAGCCCUUUAGUCUCACUCACUUUGCUCUGAUCACUCAUCCUGUCAUUAACCUGAUUUUCAUUGGUAACGUAGUCUGUUGUUUUUAACACAUGGCUGUGUUUGGGGUCCUGACAUCAACCCAGAGUGCAGAAUAGGAUACGGUGUUCUAUUUUACAACUGGAAAAAACAAAAUUUGUCACUUUAUACCUGUUAAAUGGGUUAGGAUUGCUCGCAGCCCGUUGUGCUCAUGUUUGGCGGCCUCAGCCGGACCUUGUAGUUUUAUGCCUAUCAUCAUGUGUCUCAUGAUUCAAACACCAUUACUGAAAAGCAUUCCUCUGUUUUUAACCAUCACCACUCUCUUUUAUUCUGUUUCUAUUUCUAAAUCCAGACUGCAUACUUUUACUUUUAAUGUUUUUAAAAUAGCAGUAGUUUCUUUCCCCGUAUGACGUAGGAGUAAUGUGAAUUUAGUGAACAGCAUUUUUUUUUCUUCUUCUUCUACAAGUCAGAUGGACUUGUGUCCUCCCCUUUAAAACUGACCUCUUUAUAACUUUUUUUUUUUUUUUUUAACACGUUGGAAUCGAGCAUUCAAGUAAGCAUUCAAAAUGCAGCCAAAGUUCAUCAUUCUCAACUUUAUGCUUUCUGUCUCAGUAACAUCUCCAUCGCAUGUUUGUAUCGUGUGCUGCGGUGCACAUCACUCUGAACAGGUGCCCGAACUUUUCUUUUCCUUUUUGUUUAUUUUUUUAUUUUUUAUUUUUUUUUAGGGCAAAAUGUUGAAGACUUGAUGAUGAAGCUGCCUUCUUUUGACCAUUUUAGACGUUUAGGUACUUUUACAGAAUGAUGUCUCGUCUUUUUUUAAACUGCAUGGAGAACGCUUGCGUGUAAGGAGCUAGGUUUUUGUAGCUAUCGUAGUGUCAGUCUGUUCAUUUGUAUUGAUCAUUGUAAAAGCAGAUGGUAGAAUAUGAUAACACGCUGCUUUCUGGUUGUGGAGAGGCAGUGUUUCUCAGUUGUGCACGUUUAUCGUCUAAAGCUGUCUCUCUGCAUGGAAAGAGUGGACGGUUUUCAGCGGUGACUUCGAAACAGCCCUCAUGGUUUUCAAUUGGGGCUUUUUUUUCUUUUUGUUUGUUCAUAAAAUAUUUCAGUGCCAAUUUUUGGGUUUUUUUUUUUUUCUUCUUUGGCACAAAUUGUCCAUAUUGCUGAAUUCUGCUGCAUCCCUGCUACUGAGGUUUGCCUUCUUUAUGCAAGAUUAGUUUCCUGCUGUUUUUAAGCUUGUGCACUCUGAUUGAUGACCAACAAACAGCAGCAUGUUCAACUGAUCCUGAAGUCAUAUUAAUAGGGGCAUGAUUUCUCUAAUACUCUUUGUUUUUAUGACCGUGGGUUUCUUUCCCAAGUUAGAAAGGAGCCUCGACGUUCUCGAGGCACAGACUAUGAUUUUCCCCUAUUUUCAAGGCAGCAGCUCCAUUUGAUGAAAGAGAAUAAGAAGGUCAUGGCUUUCUAUUAAAAUAGACGAACCAGUGAAUAUAUUUCACAUUAAAUAGCUGUUUUUCACUUCUGGAAUGCAGCAUAGUCACAUGACCUCUUCAGCCCAAACACCACUGGACUUAUCUUACUCUCUCACAACUGUAUAGAGAGAUGGUGUUACAUUUAUGUGUGUGUGUGUGUGUGUGUGUGCGUGUGUGUGUGUGUGUGUGGACGUGUGUCUGUGUGUGUGUACACCUGCUGCUGAGCCCAACCGGCACUCUGUCGAGAUGUCAUGGCAACAGGACUUGGAGAUUGCUGUUGAAUCUUCACCAAAGAUGAUGUCUCUUUCUUUUUGGUUGUUUUAAGGUGAAAAAAAAAAACAAAAUUAAACUUUAUUUUUUAAAAACCAUUACUAAUGCAACGUUCAGUGGGCAUCUUAUAACCGGUCAUCAAGGUUUUGUAUAUUCAUUUUACUAAUAUAUUUUUAGUUAGUUUAACUGACUGUUUUGUGUUUUGCAAUGAUAUGAGAGCAGCUCCUUUCUCUGUGUUUCUGUACCUGUUAGUUUACAACUGUAAAUAUUGUGAACUUCUCUGUCAUUGCCAUGGACACACUGCAUAUAUUUCUGGUAGUUCGGAACGAGUAUUUCUCCAUCACACAUGGGCGGAAAAAAACAAACUUCGAUAACUUUUUUUUUCUUUUAAUUAAAAGCAUUGCAAUGAUUUAUGUUUGACAGUGACAUUGUUUAUGUCCUAUUAGUUCAGCUGUUCUGACCCUGUACCUCAUACAGAGAUAUAUAGUGAGAAUGAAGAUUGUGUUCUUGGAAAACUCUGGAGUUGCCAGGUCUGUGUGACAACUAUUCAGUUCAGGUUUAUGUGUAGAACACUUUUUACAGUGGACAUUGUCACAAAGCAACUUUACAGAAAUGUAUCAAUUCAGGAUAUCAAUUUUAAAUAUAUACGUUUAUCCUGAUACCAAAGCUCAGAACAUGACUUUCCUGCUAUUAAAGUCUGAAAUCAUAAUUACCACUGAUAGCUAACAUUGUUUACGAGCAGCACACAAGGCGCUUGCGGCCUUAUAGUUCUGUUCAAUCCUGACCUCAGGUUACUGUCCGGAUUUUCACAUGUCCUCCCAGAGUCCAUAUCAGUUUCCUCCAGAGUCUCUGGUUUGACUCCCACCUACCAAAAACAUGCCAAGUUGGUGGACUAAUGACUCUAAAUUGCCCCUAGGUUUGAAUGUGUGUGUGCAUGGUGCCCUGCAGUGGACUGGUAUACCAUCCAAGCUGUAUUCCACGACCAUGACCAGGAUAAAGCACACACAUAAUUAAUUAAUUAAUAUUGUUGUAUAAUUAAUAGGGUUGGGGGUUGGAUUCCUGCCUCUGCCCUGUGUGUACACGGAGUCUGCAUGGUCUCCCCAUGCUUCAGGGGUUUCCUCCAGGUACUCCGGUUUCCUCCCCCAGUCCAAACACUUGCGCUGUAGGCUGAUUGGAUUUCCAAAUUGUCCAUAGUGUGUGAACGGGUGUGUGAGUGUACCCUGUCAAGGGUGUCCCCCACCUUGUGCCCCAGGCUCCCUGUGACCCUGUGUAGGAUAACCAAUGUGGAAGAUGGAUGGAUGUUCAACCUAUUUUUAACAUCCAGGUCCUGGUGGUUUUGUAUUGCUACAUAAAAUGUCCUAAGUAACGAUUGCUAUGAGAAUGAGUAAUGCACGUCACUAAUGCACAAUAAACACAUUUGUACGGUAUAAAUAAUCUGUUUAUAUCUCAUAUUCUUAGCCAUUAGUUCUUUUCAAACACUCCUACAAAAUAGUCAACCUUAAAGCAUCUCAAUUCUGCUGUAAAGCCACAGACCUGGCAACCAGUUGUUUUUGUUGUUUUUAAUGAAAAUCAUAAUGUACUUCUAAGUGUUCCCUUAUUUUGUAGCUGUUUUUUUUUUCUUCCCUUUUUCUUUUCAAUCAUAAGCCACUCAUCAUGCUUUCAUGCCUACCGUCUGUAGCGUACUGAUUGUCAAACCUGUACUUCACACACUUCUAUUGUUCUCUCUCUCAACUACCCAAGAUGUCAAUGGAUGAAGUCAUGAAUACAAUCACCAGUCCCAACCAAGGCAGGACUUUGACUUUUUUUUUUUUUUUCUUUUUUCUUUUUUUUUUUUAUUGUUCUGGAACUGGACCACAUUUCAGUCGAGUCGUGACUCAGUGCUCUGGUUCUGGUCAGCCCUGUUCUGAGAGUGUUGUGAGUAGUUGACUGUACGGUGGGGUACAGUGGUGCUGUACACUGCCUCCUCCUGCGUGUCCUCUGUAAAAUCCAUACACGGGCCACCUGCAUGAGCUCCUCCACUGAAGCUGCACCCAGCAUGAUGACUAUAAAAGGACUUGUAUGUAGAAAAAAAAAAAACAUAGAUCUAUAUAUAAAAAAUAAAUAAAUAAAUAAACAAGAUAUUAGUUUACCUUUGUAUACGAGUGGAGUAUUUUUUUCCAGUUUGCAAAUUAAGCAAAUGUUUAGCGCCUAAUGAGCCUAAAGGGUUCUUUAAAGGUUUUAUAUCAAAGCCAACAACAGAAGGUUUUCUUUGUAGAAAAAGAUCAAUGUAGAAACAAUUUACAACCAUCCAGAGAAUCCUUGAAUUUUUAGGUUCAACACUGUAAAAAGUAAUCUUUGUUAAUUGUUAAACCAAUGUGUGCCAAGUGUACCAAGUGUGUGAAAUGUUUCACCCAGAAAUACAGCACACAGGCACUGGUGCUCCUGAGUGGCACAGCCAUCCGUGUCUGGGAAUCAAAAUUGCCUGUGCUGUAUGAAUGGGAAAGCUGUAAUUACUGUGUCUACCCUGUCGAUCAAAGCCACGCUAGCCAAUCACGGACCUCUCUGACCUCACAUAUGCAGAAGACGGCAGAUAGUGCCUUCCUCCAUGUGCGCUACAUGCCCUGUGACCGCAUAAGCAGCUGUUUGAAAAGAUGCGAGGUUUGCCUUGCAUGUCUCCGAGGAAGCGUGUGCUUGCCCCACCCUCCACACGUGGUACUUGAUUGUGAUGG